AUGUGGCCGGAGAAACAAAGCAAGGGGUCCAGCAGUACCCCAUACUACCAGAAUGGGACGCGGCCAGGCAUGCCGGAUGGUCCAGCUAAAAGCGCCUCUAGCUCUGGAAUGUCCCAUGACGAAGCAAAACCUGAAAAGGCAGGGGUCGUCGAUGGGCUCAGAGAUGCCUUGAAGGUGAUGCAGCUGGCUUCCCGACCACUGCCGACCGACACAGGAGACGGGUCAUACGUUACAGAUGGUCACUAUGGCGGAAGUCUGUGGGCAGAUAUACGGGCGCUGGGAAUCGAAGAUGCUAGCACUAUCAAGGAUCUUAUUGAGACAACCGCGCGCGGACCUUUGGUAGACGACAAGACCAUGCUAAUGGAACGCAUAAUACGGCUGGUUGCCAAAAUGCCCGACAAGUCCCAGAACAGGGACUUGGCUACCCACAAGUUUCUGGCAAAGCUCUGGGACUCUCUGCCUCAUCCUCCGCUCUCAUAUGUUGGCGACAAGUAUGCGUAUCGGUCGGCAGACGGGUCUGAGAACAACCCCGUUCUCCCACGACUUGGUGCAGCAGACACGGAAUAUGCGCGCACUACCGAGCCUUCGAAGAUUAGACCACCCAAUAUGCCCGAUCCGGGGUUGAUCUUUGAUAGCAUUUUUGCACGAGACACAUUCAAGCCACAUCCUAACAAUGUCUCCAGCUUCUUCUUCACCUGGGCGUCCUUGAUCAUACAUGACAUCUUCCAAACCGAUCCAGCACACCCGGAGAAAAACCGAACCUCAUCCUAUCUUGAUCUAUCGAUCCUGUACGGCGACAACCAGGACGAGCAGAACCAGAUGCGUACAUUCGCGGAUGGCAAGAUCAAAGCGGACUCUUUCUCGGAGCCGCGCCUACACGCCCUACCAGCGGCAUCAGGCGUAGUCUUGAUCAUGUUGAACAGAUUCCACAACCAUGUCGCUGCACAGCUAGCCGCUAUCAACGAAAACAACCGGUUCAAAAAGCCAGAAAGUGAAACACUUGACCCCGCCGAGGCCCGGGCAGCCAUCGCAAAGUACGACAAUGACCUCUUCCAGACGGCGCGGCUGAUCACCUGCGGUAUGUACAUCAACAUCACCCUGCACGAUUAUCUCCGCACGAUCAUCAAUCUCAACCGCGACAACUCGACCUGGAAUCUGGAUCCGCGGACAAGCGAAGAGCACGAUCCGGUUGCUUCCGCGCAGGGGAACCAAUGUUCGGUCGAGUUUAAUCUUGCGUACCGCUGGCACUCGACAAUCAGUCAACAAGAUGAACUCUGGGCGGAGAAGGCAUACCAAGAGAUUGUCGGGGUUCAGGGCAAAGAUGCCACGAAGGAGCAACUCAUGCGGGGAAUGAAAGGGAUGGCCGGAAAAAUAGACAAAGACCCGUCUAAGCGCACAUUCGGUGGCAUGAAGCGCCAAUCCGACGGUAAAUUCCGAGAUGCAGAGUUGGUCGAUAUCUUAACGCGCGCAAUCGAAGAGGUCGCUGGAUCAUUCGGUCCUCGCAAUGUGCCCAAGGUCUUACGGACGGUUGAAAUCCUCGGUAUAGAGCAGGCCCGGAAAUGGAACGUCGGCACUCUGAACGAGUUCCGCAAGUUCUUUGACCUGAAGCCCUACGAAACCUUUGAGGAGAUCAACUCGGACCCCGGUAUAGCGGAUCAAUUGCGCCAUCUGUAUGAACGACCAGAUUACGUCGAGCUCUAUCCUGGUAUCGUUGCGGAAGAGCCCAAGAGCCCCAUGGUUCCAGGGGUCGGCAUUGCCCCUGGCUACACCGUUUCUAGAGCUGUCCUGUCUGAUGCGGUGGCCCUUGUUCGAGGCGAUAGGUUCUACACGAAGGAGUUCAAUGCCAAGAAUAUGACCAAUUGGGGCUUUGCGGAGGCAAAGUACGACAUGGAUAUCAACCAAGGCUGCUGCUUCUACCGGCUGGCUCUUAGGGCAUUCCCUCGAUGGUUCAGGUACAACUCCAUCUAUAUCCACUACCCUAUGACCAUCCCCAGGGAGAACAGCGUCAUUAUGAGGACACUCGGGCGGGAGCAGGAUUAUACAUGGUACCGCCCCGCGUAUAGCCCGCCCAGGACGGAUGUUUUCAAUUAUCACAACGUUCGUCGUAUCUUGGAAGACCCGUCCAACUUCCGGGUGGUCUGGGGCGAGGCAACUGCAUAUGUAUUCGGAGAGCGCGGGUGGGACUUUAUGCUCUCGGGUGACGCCCCUUCUCAUGCUACCCAGCGCGAUAUCAUGUCGCGCUCCCUCUACCAGGCGCACUGGCACGAUGCAGUUAAGCAGUUCUAUCUUGAGAUUACUCAACAGCUGUUGGUUGAAAAGUCUUGCCGGAUUGGUAACGUCAACCAGGUGGACAUUACUCGAGACGUCGGAAAUCUGGCCCAUGUUCAUUUUGCGGCCAACAUCUUCUCCCUGCCUCUAAAGACAGAUACGAAUCCACAUGGCGUCUUCACUGAACAUGAGAUGUUCGAGAUCAUGGCCCUGAUUUUUACGGCAAUAUUUUUCGAUGUGGACCCAGUGAAGUCGUUUUUCCUCCGCCACAAGGCACGGGAGGCAGCAGAAAAGUUUGGAAAGCUGGUUGAGAUGAAGGUCAAGGCAAUCAGCAAUUCCGGCUUCUUGGCAACAGUGCUAGGCAAAAGACGUGCUAACAAGAAUGCACUCUACCACUAUGGUGUCCACAUGGUGGAACGUCUGCUCCACAGCGGCCUGGAUGCAGAACAGGUGACCUGGUCGCAGAUUCUCCCCACGGCCAUCUCCAUGGUGCCUAACCAGGCCCAGGUCUUCACGCAGAUAAUUGACUACUAUCUCUCGGACCGCGGAAGGCAGCAUCUGCCGGACAUCAACCGUGUUGCCAAGGAGGAUACGCCCGCCUCGGAUGAAAUACUUCUCCGAUACUGCAUGGAGGCAAUUCGCUUGAACGGGGUUUUUGGCUCGUACCGAGAGUCCCAGACCGGCCUAAGUCUCGAGGAUAAACAUGGUCUGGUCCAGAUAAAGCCGGGGGACAAAGUAUUCGUGAGCUUCGUUGACGCCAACAAGGACCCCAACAUAUUCCCGAACGCAUAUGAGGUCGACCUGACUCGACCCAUGGAGUCGUAUAUCCAUUAUGGUGUUGGGCCUCACUCAUGCCUUGGAGGGGAUGCCAGCAAGGUGGCUCUGACAGCCAUGCUGCGAGUUGUAGGCCGGUUGGACAACCUUCGACCUGCACCUGGCCCACAGGGAAAUCUGAAGAAGAUCAAACGGGAGAAUGGCUUUUACACAUACAUGCGAGAGGAUGAGUCCAGUUUCUACGCGUUCCCGAUGAGUUGGAAACUUCAUUACGAUGGCCCGGCUUCCGAUUUGGAGCAUGAGCAAAUUCUGUGCAAUGGUCUUGGACAUUGGCGGAAUUAA